CCGGCCUUGGCGGGGCGGCCUCCGGCUCAGGCUGGCUGCGAGGCUCCCAGCUCUGAUCUCAGCUGACAGUGCCCUCGGGGACCAAACAAGCCUCGCAGGACAAAAUUAGAAGAUCAAAAUGGAAAAUAUGCUACUUUGGUUGAUAUUUUUCACCCCUGGGUGGACCCUCAUUGAUGGAUCUGAAAUGGAACGGGAUUUUAUGUGGCACUUGAGAAAGGUACCCCGGAUUGUCAGUGAAAGGACUUUCCAUCUCACCAGCCCCGCAUUUGAGGCAGAUGCUAAGAUGAUGGUAAAUACAGCGUGUGGCAUCGAAUGCCAGAAGGAACUCCCAACUCCCAGCCUUUCUGAAUUGGAGGAUUAUCUCUCCUAUGAGACUGUCUUUGAGAAUGGCACCCGAACCUUAACCAGGGUGAAAGUUCAAGAUCUGGUUCUUGAGCCGACUCAAAAUAUCACCGCAAAGGGAGUAUCUGUCAGGAGAAAGAGACAGGUGUAUGGCACCGACAGCAGGUUCAGCAUCUUGGACAAAAGGUUCUUGACCAAUUUCCCUUUCAGCACAGCUGUGAAGCUUUCCACGGGCUGUAGUGGCAUUCUCCUUUCCCCUCAGCACGUUCUAACUGCUGCCCACUGCGUUCAUGAUGGAAAGGACUAUGUCAAAGGGAGUAAAAAGCUAAGGGUAGGGUUGUUGAAGAUGAGGAAUAAAAGUGGAGGCAAGAAACGUCGAGGUUCUAAGAGGAGCAGAAGAGAAGCUAGUGGUGGUGACCCAAGAGAGGGUACCAGAGAGCAUCUGCAGGAGAGAGCCAAGGGUGGGAGGAGCAGAAAACAAGCUGGCCGGGGUCAGAGGCUUGCCGAAGGGAGGCCUUCCUUCCAGUGGACCCGGGUCAAGAAUACCCACAUUCCGAAGGGCUGGGCACGAGGAGGCCUGGGGGACGCUGCCUUGGAGUACGACUAUGCCCUCCUGGAGCUGAAGCGCGCGCACAAAAAGAAAUACAUGGAACUUGGAAUCAGCCCAGCGAUCAGGAAAAUGCCUGGUGGAAUGAUCCACUUCUCAGGAUUUGAUAACGAUAGGGCCGAUCAGUUGGUGUAUCGGUUUUGCAGUGUGUCCGACGAAUCCAGCGAUCUCCUUUACCAAUACUGCGAUGCUGAGUCGGGCUCCACCGGUUCCGGGGUCUAUCUGCGUCUGAAAGAUCCAGACAAAAAGAACUGGAAGCGCAAAAUCAUUGCGGUCUACUCAGGCCACCAGUGGGUGGAUGUCCACGGGGUCCAGAAGGACUACAAUGUUGCCGUUCGCAUCACUCCCCUCAAAUACGCCCAGAUUUGCCUCUGGAUUCACGGCAACGAUGCCAAUUGUGCUUAUGGCUAACAGAGACCUGAAACAGGGCGGUGUCUCAUCCAAAUCACAGAGAAAACCAGCUCUGCUUACUGUAGUGAGAUCCCUUCAUAGCUUAU